AAUCAACAGUACUACUGAUGACUUGUGUCGUCUAUCGCUGGCGUUCACGAUAUUUUUUAUGUUGGUUUUUCCUAAACGAAGCAGGAAGAGAGAGAGCGCCGAAGAUGAAGCAACCAGGAAGUGUUCCAGCAAUUUAACCGUUGCUCCUAGCGAUGUCUGUUGUGAAACUGCUGGUCUCCACCCUGGGAAAAGCGACCGGGAUAUUAACUAUCGUUGUUGUUGUCCUUGCAGCAGUUUUGAUUUAUUUCGAAGAUCCUGAUCCGGUUAAAUACACCAGCAUGGCAGAGGACAUGAAGACUCUGGAGGAGAACUUCAGGCAGCAAAAUAAAAGCUGUUUCAUCCUUGGUGCUUCUGGAGAGACGGGCCAGGUGGUUCUCAAAGAGCUGCUAGCACGCAACCUCUUCUCCAAGAUUACUCUCAUUGGAAGGAGACAGCUCACCUUUGAGGACAAAGCAUAUGAAAACCUGGUACAAGAGGUGGUGGACUUUGAGAAGCUUGAUGAUUAUGCUGCAGCCUUCCAGGGCCAUGAUGUUGGCUACUGCUGCCUAGGAACAACUAAAGCCAAAGCAGGGACUGAUGGAUUCAUCCGUGUUGAUCAUGACUAUGUUAUGAAAUCAGCGGAGCUCGCCAAGGCAGGAGGCUCCACACAGUUCCACCUGGAGUCCUCCAGAGGAGCCGAUAAAAGCAGCAGCUUCCUCUACCUCAAAGUCAAGGGACAAGUGGAAGCAGAGAUUGAGGCUCUGGGCUUUGACAGAUAUGCCAUAUACAGACCAGGGGUUUUAUUGGUAGAUAGGCAGGAGAGUCGGCCUGCUGAGUGGUUGGCCAGAAAAUUCUUCAGUGCCUUUUCCGCUGUGUCUUCUACAUCCAUGGCCAUCCCAGUCCCAGUGGUGGCAAAAGCCAUGGUGUCAAACACUUUGCUCCAACCUGAGCAGAAGACGGAGAUCCUGGAGAACAAAGAUAUCGCCAGUCUGGGGAAAAGUGCAGGGAAAUAAGGGAGAGGAGGAAAAAUGCAGAGGUAAUUUCAGCAGAUACACAGAUGACUACAUACUACAACCAUUAUUCACAUCAUCAUGUCAUCAAUAUUUUUUCUUUUUUAGAUUAUUUUUUUUGGCAUUUUACUGCUUUUUUAUUAGAUAGUGACAGAUAGAAAGGGGGAGACAGAGGGGGAGACAUGCAGCAAAGGGACCUCAGGCCGGAUUCGAACUCGGGUCCGCUGCAGCAAGCACACGGCCUUCAUAGUAAGCGCUCUACCAGUGUGAGCCACCGGGACGCCCAUGUCAUCAAUAUUUAAUCUUGAAAUUGUAUAUGGGUGGCAUUGCUUGGGUCUAGGAUGAUAUUGUUAUACAUUCCUCAGGGAACUGUUGCUUGGCUUUUCGAUGAGCAACUGCCUUAAAGUAAAUGCUUGUAAUUUAUUCUGCACUCGAUAUUGAGAUAUUGAAAUAUUGGAUGUUUUUAAAAUGCUCUCAUUGCAUCAUUAUAUUUAACUAUGUAUGGGUGUUUGAAUUUUUUCCCCCCAUAAUGACUGUAUCAAUAUUAAUAUCUUGAUGUCUGUAUCUGCACUACACUACAUCUGUGCAGUAUAUAUUGCAUGCAACAUGCAGAUAUGGUCCCACCCAAUGAAGAUAUAAAGUUCUGUUUUUUUUUGUGAUAAAAGCAAUAAUACAUUUUGUUGAUAAUUCAUUUUGAACACAUGUUUCUAAAGCUAUAAAGUGCCAUUUUUAUUUAGGUGAUGAUUAAUUUAAACAUACCUUGGAACCAAGUUAAACUAAGCAAGUGUUAGCUAUGUCAGACAUCCAGAAUAUGAUGUAUACAUUAAAACCAGCACGUGUGUUUGUGCAUAGAUAGAAACAUUUAAUAAAAGGUAGACAAACCAGAAUAUGAAGAAGACAAACAGAAUAAUGGAAUACUAUCAACCUGUGUUCCUAGUAAAAUCUACACUAAUAAAACUUUUAUUCUUUUCA